CAACACCAGCAUCCACCCACUUCACCCUCCACAACACCAGCAUCCACCCACUCCACCCUCCACAACACCAGCAUCCACCCACUCCACUCCACCCUCCACAACACCAGCAUCCACCCACUUCACCCUCCACAACACCAGCAUCCACCCACUCCACCCUCCACAACACCAGCAUCCACCCACUCCACUCCACCCUCCACAACACCAGCAUCCACCCACUUCACCCUCCACAACACCAGCAUCCACCCACUCCACCCUCCACAACACCAGCAUCCACCCACUCCACUCCACCCUCCACAACACCAGCAUCCACCCACUCCACCCUCCACAACACCAGCAUCCACCCACUCCACCCUCCACACACCUGAUCAAACACUAGCAUCCACCCACUCCACCCUCCACAACACCAGCAUCCACCCACUCCACCCUCCAUAAACGUGAGUAACCAAACACCACCAGCAUCUCAGUUUACCCACAAUUCCCUCUGUCCAUGAAGCCCUGGAUCUGCAGCCGUAUCUACAGGGAAAAAGAUGAAUCAGUAGCAGCAGAUGUAGGAGGUGCAGUAAUGUAGUCCAGCAGGUGAUCAGGUGUUGGAACACUGAUAGCAGGACUGCAGGUCUGAUGAAGGGAAGCUCUGUGUUAAAGCGUUAAUGGAGCUUCCUGUCGGCUCAGAGCUCAGCCAAUAAACCGGAGCUUCACUAAUGUCAGACACGGCAGCGCUGCCAACCAGCAGGAAGCGUUUGGGAUUCACCUGAUACCCAAAGUCCUGAGUAUAGAGGGUCUGUCGUUCUGAAUGUGAAGUAAAAUUAACUUACAUUUUUUCAGAGUAAUAAAAUUAAUUUCUUACAGUAUUAAUAUUUUAUUUAUUUAUUUAUAUAAGUUGUGAAGAACAGGAUGAAAAUAAGGAGGAGAAUAAUAAAAUAUACAGAGAAACAGGUACAGGACUACAGGGUAUCAUCUGUGUAAUAAAUCCUUAUUUUAUUUUAUUGUAGUUAUUAAAGACUGUAUAAUGUAGUGUAUAGUGUAGUGUAUAGUGUAGUGUAUAGUGUAGUGUAUAAUGUAGUGUAUAUUGUAUAGUGUAGUGUAUAAUGUAGUGUAUAGUGUAGUGUAUAAUGUAGUGUAUAGUGUAGUGUAUAGUGUAGUGUAUAAUGUAGUGUAUAGUGUAGUGUAUAGUGUAGUGUAUAGUGUAGUGUAUAAUGUAGUGUAUAGUGUAGUGUAUAGUGUAGUGUAUAGUGUAGUGUAUAAUGUAGUGUAUAUUGUAUAGUGUAGUGUAUAAUGUAGUGUAUAGUGUAGUGUAUAAUGUAGUGUAUAGUGUAGUGUAUAGUGUAGUGUAUAAUGUAGUGUAUAGUGUAGUGUAUAGUGUAGUGUGUAGUGUAGUGUAUAAUGUAGUGUAUAGUGUAUAGUGUAGUGUAUAAUGUAGUGUAUAGUGUAUAGUGUAGUGUAUAGUGUAGUGUAUAGUGUAGUGUAUAGUGUAGUGUGUAGUGUAGUGUAUAAUGUAGUGUAUAGUGUAUAGUGUAGUGUAUAAUGUAGUGUAUAGUGUAUAGUGUAGUGUAUAGUGUAGUGUAUAGUGUAGUGUAUAGUGUAGUGUGUAGUGUAGUGUAUAGUGUAGUGUAUAGUGUAGUGUAUAAUGUAGUGUAUAGUGUAGUGUAUAAUGUAGUGUAUAGUGUAGUGUAUAGUGUAGUGUAUAAUGUAGUGUAUAGUGUAUAAUGUAGUGUAUAGUAAUAUGAAUUCUAAUUCCUCUUGUCUCUGUUUGUCAGUCUGAGGUUCAGAUUCGCCGGCCGGUCGUCGGCCGUUUGGCUCGGGUUCCACAGCAGCUCUAUAAUAGGAACGAGUGGACCCCGUGGGCCGGCUGGUCCGAGUGUUCCCGCUCCUGUGGAGGCGGGGCUUCCAUCCGAAGACGCACCUGCAUCACCAAGUAAUGCGCAUAUGCAGCGCAUCCAGUCAUAUCAGUCAGCUCUUUACCCAAUCAGAGAAUCCAGUUGGAGCACCGUGUUUAGGUGAACCCAGACAGUAUAAAAUCUGCAGUAGAGAGGCGUGUCCUCCUGGAUCAGUAGAGUUUAGGGAGCUGCAGUGCCGGGCGUUUGAUGAUCAGCCGCUAAUCGCGGGGAGCAGCUACAGAUGGACGACCUUCCAUGGAGGUUCUGACCCGUGUGAGCUCAGCUGUUUGGCUCUGGGCCACAAUUUCUACUAUAACUUUGGUCGAGUUCUGGACGGAACGUCGUGCUCAGAGGAGCCCGGAGCCGCCUGUGUGAACGGAAGAUGCCUGAAACCCGGCUGUGAUUGGAUCUUUGGCUCGGAGCAGCAGGAGGACGUCUGUAUGGUUUGUGGAGGACGGAACUCCUCCUGCCUUCAUCACCAAAACAUCUACCAGAGCGUGCAGAGCGGGCUGUUUGGAUAUAAUGAGGUCACCGUGAUCCCGGCCGGAGCGACGCACAUCAGAGUGACCGAUAACAGCAGGAACUAUUUAGCCCUCCAGAAUAAAUAUUUCCAGUUUGUGAUUAAUGGGAACUGGAAGAUCAGCAUUCCGGGGGAGUACGAUGUUGCCGGAACUAAACUGCUGUACCGUCGAUCUGCUGAUACCUGGGAGAGCUUUGAAGUGCCGGGACCCACCCAGGAGGAUCUCCACAUUAUGGUUCUGUCAACUGAUAAAAGCUCUGGGAUAGAGUACGAGUACUGGCUGCCCCCCGAACGCUACGCCCUUUAUCACGGGAACAGAAGUCCACUUCGGCAGCACCAACACACAUCCAACCUCCUACCCUGGGAGCCACCAACACCAACCACCACCACCACCACCACCACCACCACCACCACCUUUCCUGCCACAGCUCGGCCUAACUCAGGUGGACGACCUGUGAGACGUCCCUCUCAGCGGCCGGGAUCUCGUCUGGAGCGAGAGGAGAACCAGAGCAACUUCCUGCCGGAGAACCGCGGUGCAGGACACUGUGGGAAAUGCAGGAGGGUGAAGGGACGUGUGGAGCGGCAGAGGCAGUACUGUCAGAAGGAUUUCGUCUUUAGAGCCAAGGUCUUGGGGAAGGUGUAUGUUGGUGUGGAGACUCGUUACGACGUACAGAUCAUUCACACGUACCGCAACCGCUACCGUCUAGAACACCGGGAAUACCUCUGGGCACCCAACAGGUGUGACUGCCCCCUACUGGAGGAGGGCUAUCAGUACGUGCUGAUGGUAAGGCGCCAUAUUAACUAUGAACAGACGCUCAACCGCAUUCUACUGGAAGAGGACAGCUACGCUCAGCCCUACCGGCCACGCGAGGACAGCCUGCUGCGCCCCCUAGAGGAGCUUUGCAGUAAUAGAGGACCUAGAACUCGGCCCAGAGUGUAAAUCCUGGAUUGGCUCUGUUGGACUCUCGUCACUUUGCACUUAUUAUAUAUUUAAUCUAAAAUACAGAGACCCUACAAAUCUACACAUCUCUGGCUUUAUUACACUGAGAGCUAAGAGAACGGUGGACAUUACGGAGUUGAAAGGAACUGAAGCCAAAGAUAAAUCUGUUCACAAAAUGAAGCACUUUAGGUGGAUGUUACCUCUACCUUUAAAAAUUCAUAUACCGAAGAGAAGAACAUAUUUUUAUAUUAUUAUUGUUACUAUCCUCUGAUUAGCAAUUUACAAAUAACAUUAACACCAAUGCCUUGUUACAACACUCGUCACUUAAUUUUAACAUUUUAUAUUUACAAUUUUAUUUAUAGAGUGUUGAGCUGGUACAGUAAGUGAAUCAGAUACAGCAGUGCUGCUGGAGUUCUUAAACACUGUGUUUAAUCUCUCACUGUCCUCCACUCUAUUACACACUCCUACCUACAGCUGAAACACCCUGUAGAUAAAGUUACAUCAGUUUACAGUCUCUAUCAUCCUGUAGUCCUUCAUCAGUACAGGAUACAGGACUGUAAUUAUAGAACUAAAGGGUUUUCUUUAGGAUUAAAGGAGCUGAGAAAAAACGGACAUCGUAUGUAGAAAGAAGGAGUGGUGUUAAUGUUAUGGCUUUUUUAUAUUAUUUGUUGCUAAUAUAUUGUUGUUAUUAUAUUAUAACAGUCAGUUAUUAUAGUUGGUUGUAUUUGUAUUUAUGACAUUAAUAAAUUUUUACUUUUUCUUUUUCUACUUA